ACCAAGUAAUCCAUGGCUUCUUUUCUCCUCAUCAUUACCACCCUUCUCAUCUCUUUCCUCUUCUUCAUCAUCAUCUUCUCCAUUGCUAACAACAACAAGAACAAGAACAAAGCUCACCAACAUCCAUUACCACCAGGGCCAAGAGCUUGGCCAAUCCUAGGCAACCUUCUUCAACUGGGCUCUAAACCACACCAAACCCUACACAACCUCUCCAAAACUUAUGGUCCUCUCUUCCGGCUCAGGCUCGGCUCCGUCACCGCCAUCGUCGCAUCCUCAGCUGACGUGGCAUCACACUUCCUCCGCACUCAUGACGCCAACUUCUCCAGCCGGCCACCCAACUCCGGCGCCGAGCACGUUGCUUACAACUACCAAGACCUAGUCUUCGCCCCUUACGGUCCCCACUGGCGCAUGUUCCGCCGCUUGUGUUCUCUCCACCUCUUCUCACCUAAAGUCUUAGACGAACUCCGGCAUGUUAGAGAAAACGAGGUAACCCUACUAGUAACCGGACUCCGGCGAGCUGAAAAGGUUGACGUGGAAGUAGGAAAGGAGAUAAAUAUAUGUGUGACAAACGCACUGUCAAAAGCCAUGCUAGGGAGAAAAGUGUUUGAUGAUGAGGAUAAUGGAGAGUUUAAGGAUUUGGUGGUGGAACUCAUGAAGCUCUCCGGAUCAUUCAACGUCGGUGACUUCGUCCCAUGGCUUAAACCACUGGACGUGCAUGGUGUGGUGUCUAGGAUGAAGAAAAUCCAUAAAUGGUAUGAUGAUUUCUUGAACAAGAUCAUAGAGGAUCAUAACAAGGAAGGUGGACAUGGAGAUCUCUUAAGUGUGCUUUUAAGAUUGAAGGAGGAUCAUGAUAACAAUGAUGAAGAAGUCAAACUCACUGAUACCAACAUCAAGGCCUUGCUCAUGGACUUAUUCCAAGCGGGAACGGACACGACGUCUAGCACGGUGGAGUGGGGGUUGGCUGAGCUCUUGCGCCACCCGGACAUCCUCGCGGCGGCUCAGAAGGAGUUGGAUUCGGUGGUCGGGAGAGACCGGCUCGUGUCGGAGCUAGACUUGGCUAAUCUUCCACUCAUGCAAGCCAUCAUUAAGGAGACGUUUAGGCUCCACCCAUCUACUCCUCUUUCACUCCCUCACGUCGGCUCCGAGCCGUGCGAAGUUGGCGGCUUUCACAUCCCACAAGGUUCCACCAUCCUCGUCAACAUUUGGUCCAUAUCUCGUGACCCGGUUGUCUGGUCUAACCCACUUGAGUUUGAGCCGAGUCGGUUUCUCCCUGGAGGGAACCAUGCUGACGUGGACUUGAAGGGGAGUCACUUUGAGUUUAUUCCGUUCGGCGCCGGUCGCCGGAUAUGCGCCGGAAUGAGGUUGGGGUUGAGGAUGGUGCCGUUGGUGGUGGCUAGCUUAGUGCAUGGGUUUAAUUGGGCCUUGCCUGAUGGGCUUACUCCUGAGACUUUGAACAUGGAUGAAGACUUUGGGCUUACUUUGCAACGGGCCGUUCCUUUACUGGCCCGGCCCAUUCCACGAUUAAGCCCUGAAGCUUAUUUCGCCUGAUUCUCUAAAAGUUUAGAUAUGUUAUGUUUGAAGUUUUAUACGAGGAAUAUGAAUAAUAGCCUGGUUAAAUUAUAAAUUAUAAUAAAUAUAUUUUAUAUGUAUUUGUUACUUACAGUUAGAAGGGUUUCGGUCGAAUUCCCUUUGGAAUAAUAAAUCUUAAUAAUAUUUA